AUUGCAGGGCAGGUGUCUGCAGCUCCUUUCUGGGUGCUACAUUGGAAAAGAGGGUGGCAUGACAAAUCGACAGCCCAGAUUUGAAAAUAGGAUUCCACAAGCUGGGAAACAAUUUGCUCUGCCCCUUCAGAGAGAGAGAGGUGAACACAGAACCUCUGCAGUUCUCUCUAGUGACCAAGGAGCCAGUGAGGUUUAGUCAGAGGCUCUCUGACCCACCAAAGCUGGGGCUGUAGCCUUGGCUGGUAUCAGAGUAUCCAGCAGUCCAUGCUCUGUGAAGGAACUCACAGGCUUAUCCCCCUUGGGGACUAGCAGGAAACCAUGGCCCGGACUUACCAGCAGUAGAGGUGCUGGAGGGAACAGAAAAAAGAACACCAAAAGAAUCCCAAGAAGUCAACUGUGGGGGCAGAAGCAAAGGCCCCAGGUCUUAGAAUGUAAAAAGCCAGCUAUGGUAUGUCUGUGGGUGCAAAAGAGGAGUGCUCUGCAGGAAAUGCCAUUGUGCUAAGUGAGAAGAGGGAGAAAUCUGGGAAAGUCCUGAUAUGACAAAGGAGAAGCUGAAAGAAGGCAGAAGUUCAGCUCAUUAGUAGCUACUACUGGGGGGCUGAAGGGUGGUUUGGGUCAAUCUUCAGAGGAGACCCUCUAGGGAGAGUCCUUGGGAGGGUCCUCUCAAGGUAAGGUAACAGAGGGUGAGACCUGGAUCCCAGCAGGAGACGGGGUGUUUCUGGCCUCUGGUGACAACACAUCUGUACUGCGUUUCAUCCUCACAACAGCUGUGAGAGGGAUCUUUACUGUCCCCAUUUCACAGAUGAAAAAACAAAACCCUUCGGACUGUUAAGUCACUAAUGCAAGGAAACACCACCUUUUCACUGGAAAAGCCAGGCUGUAACUUCACACCACCUGACUCCAAACCUGUCUGUACCAGAAGCCCACUCAGGACACCCUCUCUCCUUUUUCUGCCUUCCUCCACGACCCUCUUCCUGUCCAUCUUCUUUGCCUUCUAUGAGUAGCCAACUAAGGCCCUGGGACCAGGUUCCCGCUAUUAGUUACCUGAUACCCAGGCGAUAGGUCCAUCCGGAGGUGCAGAGUCCGCACGGACACGGGGGCUUCGCGGAAGGGGAAGGGGACAGACGAGUCAGUGUAGGAUUUAGGGCGGGGCGGGGCCAAGCCUGGGAGUCGCGACUCCAGCACCUCGGAGAGCGCCUGCUGGGCGGGGCUGGGGCGGGGCGCACGAGCCCCCGGCCGAGGCCAGGGGAUGCGCGCGGGGGCGCUCGCGCCAGCCCCGAGAGCGGCGCGCGGUCCGGAGCCGCGCCCAGCCCUGCGCAGGUGCUCCUGCGCGCCUCCCCAGCCAGAGCCCCGCUGCCGCGGCGGCCUCUCGCCGCGCUCCCGCCUCCUUCCCCUCUGCCACUGCCGCCUCCGCGCCGCGCUCCGUCCGGAUGGCCAGGGCUGUGCCGGAGAAUGGCGGAACGAGAGAGCGGCGGCCUGGGCGGGGGGACUGCAUCCCCGCCUGCCGCCUCUCCGUUUCUGGGGCUGCACCUCGCAUCGCCGCCCAAUUUCAGGCUCACCCAUGACAUCAGCCUGGAGGAGUUUGAGGAUGAAGACCUCUCAGAGAUCACCGAUGAGUGUGGCAUCAGCCUGCAGUGCAAAGAAACCCUGUCCUUACGGCCCCCGCGCGCCGGACUCCUGUCUGCGGGAGGUGGCGGCGCCGGGAGCCGGCUGCAGGCAGAGAUGCUGCAGAUGGACCUGAUCGACGCGGCGGAGGACACUCCCGGCGCCGAGGACGACGAGGAGGAGGACGAGGAGGAUCGCGCGGCGCAGCGGUCGGGACCGGGGCGGCCCGAAGCCGAGCCCCGCCAGGAGCCCGCUCCGCGCAGCCAGAGCCAGGGCCCGGGCGGCGGGGACACUUACCGGCCCAAGCGGCCCACCACGCUCAACCUCUUUCCGCAGGUGCCGCGGUCUCAGGACACACUGAAUAAUAAUUCUCUGGGCAAGAAGCACAGUUGGCAGGAUCGGGUGUCUCGAUCAUCCUCACCUCUGAAGACAGGAGAGCAGACACCUCCACAUGAACACAUCUGCCUGAGCGAUGAGCUGCCACCCCAGAGCAGCCCUGCUCCCACCAAGGACCGAGGCACCUCCACAGACAGCCCUUGCCGCCGCAGUGCUGCCACCCAGAUGGCACUUCCCAGUAGCCCCCCAGCUGCCCCACCUAGUGGCCGGGCCCAUUUGCAUCGAGACCGCAUCCACUACCAGGCAGACGUGCGGCUGGAGGCCACUGAGGAGAUCUACCUGACACCCGUGCAGAGGCCUCCAGACCCCACAGAGCCCACCUCCACCUUCCUGCCACCAGCUGAGAGCCGGAUGUCAGUCAGCUCUGAUCCAGACCCUGCUGCCUACCCCUCAACAGCAGGGCGGCCACACCCCUCCAUCAGUGAGGAAGACGAGGGCUUCGACUGCUUGUCUUCCCCUGAGCGAGCUGAGCCACCAGGUGGAGGAUGGCGGGGGAGCCUCGGGGAGCCGCCGCCACCUCCACGGGCCUCACUGAGCUCUGACACCAGCGCCCUGUCCUAUGACUCAGUCAAGUAUACGCUGGUGGUGGAUGAGCACGCACAGCUGGAGCUGGUGAGCCUGCGGCCGUGCUUUGGAGACUACAGUGACGAGAGUGACUCUGCCACCGUCUAUGACAACUGCGCCUCUGCCUCCUCGCCCUAUGAGUCGGCCAUUGGAGAGGAAUAUGAGGAGGCCCCCCGGCCGCGGCCCCCAGCCUGCCUUUCAGAGGACUCCACACCUGAUGAACCUGAUGUCCACUUCUCCAGGAAGUUCCUGAAUGUCUUCAUGAGUGGCCACUCUCGCUCCUCCAGUGCAGAGUCCUUCGGCCUCUUCUCCUGUGUCAUCAAUGGGGAGGAGCAGGAGCAGACCCACCGGGCCAUAUUCAGGUUUGUGCCUCGACAUGAAGAUGAACUUGAGCUGGAGGUGGACGACCCUCUGCUGGUGGAGCUGCAGGCGGAGGACUACUGGUAUGAGGCCUACAAUAUGCGCACAGGUGCCCGGGGCAUCUUUCCUGCCUACUACGCCAUUGAGGUCACCAAGGAGCCUGAACAUAUGGCAGCCCUGAUCAAAAACAGCGACUGGGUAGACCUGUUCCGGGUGAAGUUCCUGGGCUCGGUCCAGGUUCCCUAUCACAAGGGCAAUGAUGUCCUCUGUGCUGCUAUGCAAAAGAUUGCCACCACCCGCCGGCUCACUGUGCACUUUAACCCACCAUCCACCUGUGUCCUGGAGAUCAGUGUCCGGGGUGUGAAGAUAGGUGUCAAGGCUGAUGACUCCCAGGAGGCUAAGGGGAAUAAAUGUAGCCACUUUUUCCAGUUAAAAAACAUCUCUUUCUGUGGAUACCAUCCAAAGAACAACAAGUACUUUGGAUUCAUCACCAAGCACCCCGCUGACCACCGGUUUGCCUGCCACGUCUUUGUGUCUGAAGAAUCCACUAAAGCCCUGGCAGAGUCUGUGGGGAAAGCAUUUCAGCAAUUCUACAAGCAGUUUGUGGAGUACACCUGCCCCACAGAAGACAUCUACCUGGAGUAGUAGCGCUGACCACCUGCUCCAUCCCUGGGACCCUCAGCCAGUGCCAGGACAACUGGCUGCUCACAAGAAGUGUUACCACUUGAGGAGGGGCGCCAGUCACCACCAGAGGAUGGGGAUGUGGAGGCCUUUGGCCAAGGGUGGGGGAGGGUAGGGGUUAUUAUAGGGAAAGGCAAAUGCAGUUUAUUGUAAUAUAUGGGAUUAGGUUUGUCUGUGGAGGACACAGAGGGCUGGAAGGGGGUCAGGCCUCCUGCCAGGAAAGAUGCCCAUCUGAGGAGCAGAGUCCCAUCUUGGCUUCACUUCCCUUGCCAGGCUCUCUGGCUAAUGGCUCCUGCCUUGAUGAAGCUCAUGCCACCACCCAGUACCCACCCUACCACCUAUCCCCAACUUCCAACCCUGACUGAGGGCCUUGAGCUCAGGUUGAGCCCAGCCACCACCUGAGGACUUUCUAGUAAGAAAGAGCCACAGGUUGGGUGCAGUGCUGCCCAGCUCUGUCCCUCGUACCUUCUGGAUGGCUCCCAUGCAGGCCCCUGGCACGCAUGGGGUGUCACUGGGGAAGGAGAGCUGCAGCAGGGCAGGCCCCACCCUGGCAGGAAAAGGCGGCUUCUGGACUGGCCCAGGCUAACCAGGGCCUCUUGGCUGCUUUAGCUGUAGCCCUAUCUUGGUCACAUCUCCCCAGCCACAACUAUUAAAGUGCCAUUUCCUUUCUGGAUCGCAAUGGGUGUAUCUACCUGGAUCCCCUCCCAUGCCCAGCUCGCUACCAUCCCAGAAAACCCAAGCCUUUGCUGCACAGAAUAGCUUUAUAAGGGGUUCCCAUCACAGGUGUGCGUUGUAGAAAUACUCGGCCAUGUCUGGCCCAUCCCGCUUGCGCUGCUGGGCCUUGGAGAGGAGAGGUCGAGACCCCUGUGGCCAUGGGUGCUUGGGUCGAACCCCAUAGUCUUAAAGAGAGAGGAAGAGGUAUGGGUGGGAGAAUCUGGUUUUGAAUCCACUGAAGUCACCCCUGAACUGAUGCUAUUUGGGGAUGAGAAGACCCUAAGGCUAGACCUGAGCGCCUUUGCCUGGGGCACAUCUCCAUCAGAUGGGGCCCAGGAGGGGAGGUCAGGGGAGGGGAGAGGUGAGAGAUAUUACCAUCCUCCAGACUGGAAAGUGGCUGCGAGAGUUCCAGGGGGGCUGAAAAUUCCUCAGGAACAGACUGCUGAGGCCUGUGGGAGACUUUGCGGACUCAGCACUAGCUCCAAAGGCCACUACCAACACCCAGGACAAUGGUGCCAGCCUGUUGUCCUGGGAAGGGAGAGACGGCACAGCAGACCACCGCCCCACCCACCCCAGGCGGCCCCACCCUUCUGCCUCCAGGAGUUUACCUUAGUGGCUGCGGGCGGAGGAGUGUAGCUCCCAGGAUGAGGUAGAGGAGGAAGAGGCUCAGCCUGGCCCUAAGGUACAGAACCCCCAGCAUGGCCAGAACCAUCUACUCAGGUCCUUGCGCCUGGCUUCUGCCUGCCCCUCCCCCAGCAGGAGGACGGAACUGGCAGCCAGCUCUGGGGCCACCUCACAAAGGGCAUUAGUUCCAGGGCUCAACGGCACCAACUCCAGGGCUAGGCCAGAAGUCUCUGCUGAAGUUUCAUUUUUGUUUUAUUUUUCUGGCACUGUAGGCCAACAGGUGCCAAAUCUUGUUAUAGUGUCAGUGCCCAAGGAUUAAGGGCACAGACUUUUGAGUCAGAUCUCAGUUCAAACCCAACCUUGCCUCUUGCUAGGUUGAUCUCUGGGGGCCUGUUUCCUCAUCUGUGAGAUAAGGUACAUACAUAAUGUGCUCAAGGUUUGGCAUUUAAUAGGUCCUCAGCAGAAGUCAGGGUCACGGACUCCUCACCACCCACAGCCUCAUCCAUUCCCACUCAGCCUCUUCCCCACCUCCUGCCACUACCACCACCCCCUCUCCUGUGACAUCUCCAUAGUCCCAGGAAGGUCCUGCCAGCUGAAGAGGCGUGGUCUGCUCAGAAGAGCCCACUCUGAAAGACUUCCCCACUUAGCUCCUUGCAGCUUAGAACAGCCUGGCUUGGGCUCCACAGUCCCUGCUGCCACCCGAGGCUGGACAAAAGGAUUUCAAGUAAGGUGGCAAAGCCUGAGACCCACACCCCUAGAGUGUAAGCUUUCCAAAGGACAGGAACUGGUUCACUGAAGGAUCCCCCAGCACUCAACACCUGGUGGGUGCUCAAUAAAUGUUUGUUGAACGAAUAAA